AUGUCGUCAAGACUCGACAUAAACAGCCUGCUCACCCGACUGCCAAACGAGACUCAACAACAAGCCGCCAACUACGCUGCCAUUCCUGGAGCAACCAUGACUACUCCGAUGGACAUAGACGCGUCCAAAGACCCCUCGAUACCGCCCUCCGAUGGUUCAUCUCCAUUUCUCGGCCUGCCUCGCGAGUUGCGCCGUACCAUCUUCGCUUACAUCUUGCCGCCCAAAGAUAAGGUUGUUGAGCCUAACAAUAGGACACCCAGCCAGCCUCAAGCUGCGACGCCUGUUGUGCCUGCCGCACCUGUUGCGCCUGUUGUACCUGUCAUGCCCGUCGCGCCCGCUGGCCACAUCACUUUUGCUGCUCUUAACCAAAUGAUGACGGCUUCCCAGAAUGCUCAAGCUUUGGCAGCCCAUGCUUUGGCAACUCAUGUGGCUCAGAACGUGGCACAAGGAACUGUCGCCGCGAGACGGAAGGAAGUCAAGGCCAAACAAGCAGGGAAGAGCCCUACUCUGGCUGUCGGAGAUGCUCUGGUCCUCUGUAAGCAAGUUGCUGCAGAGAUCUUAAUCACACUAUAUGAAGAGCGCACAUUCGCCGUCAAUGUCUAUGAAGGCAUCUCGGAUGGUGGCAUCGAGUUUCUCAACUCGGGUCGCCAGCGUCUUCAGUAUCGCGAGCACUUCACUCAGGUACGUUUCAAGCGCUUCGAGGGUCCCGACGAUCCUUUCGGCUUUUCACGUAUCAAACGCCUUCUGGUUCGCGUCUAUCCAGCGACCGAGGCAGCCUCGGAGCACAAGAACAGUCGUCACGAUGCCAUGCACGCCCACUUCAUGAUUCGCGCCCUCGUCAAACUCCUCAAGCAUGAUGACAAGUUUGGCUUGACACGCCUGCAAAUCCGCUUUGUUGAGCCUCGAAACACUCUCUGGAGACCCAAUCCCUGGCAGAACACAUCGAACUUGUCCCUUCGCAGCUCCUCAAUUCAUGAUAUACCGGCCGUCGAAGUCAUCCUACGCGGCCUGUUCGAGUUGCGUCAAGUUCAUACUGCAGUCUGCGAGCUACCUCCUCGCUUAUACCGAGACCAGGCUCUGAGCGACUUCGUCGACCGCCUACAAGACACCAUUACUGGCAAGCUUCAUCCCAGCACAAUGGACGAUGAGAUUGCCGCCAAAAUUCNNGAGGGCGCAAGGGACAUGCUUGACGACUGGAUUCAUACCACCAUGUUCGGCACCAAGGCCUCGAAAGCCAUGCCUACAGCUCUCGAAGACUUUAACUUUGACGACGUGCAAGAUGUCGAUAACUUCGACUACUACCCAGAUGAAGACGAUUUCUUCGAGCUACGCGGUCCCUUCAACAACACAGCGGAUCAUUCCGCGGCUGGUGACUGCUCGCCUGCGCUCCGCGACGCCUAUGAGGGACGUGUCGCGAGUGUCCAUGACAGAGAUGAUGAGAAUCACGAAACCCGACCUCGUGCUGCCGCCAACAACAGACUAUCGCGAUUGGCCAGAAGCAACCCCAACAACGAUAGACCUGUUCGUACUCGCUCGACAAAGCGCUCAGUACGAAACUCGCCGCUAGACUCUUCCAGUCGUGAAUCUAGCGGAGGAGCCUCACUUCUUGGGAUGAUAACCAUUGGCGACGCCGCCUGGCCUAAUUUGAGCUCGUUGGUUGAUACUAAUGACGUAUCGACUGAGCAUCGCAGAACUCUUCCACCAGAACAUCAUGCUAGCAACUAUGGAUCUGUUGCCAGACCUCAAACACAAAAUUNNUCACUAUUCUGGAGGAGAAUGAGAACGGCGAAUUCGAACUUAAAUCUGACUCCUCGGCACAAGCCUAUUGGAAGUUACACAAUGGAACAAGGGGAAGACUGGGAUGAAGGUAAAGAUCAGACUACAGAUGGAAAAGUGUACAACAUGGCUCUCAGAUCUGAAUGGAAGCUAGCAUAA